CCUGGAACUGGAGAAACAAAAGUGCUUGUGCUAGUAAUGUUUUUUGUUGGUUUUGGAAGCAUUUGUUUGGUCUGGGUAUAGCCAAACAGAUAAAGAAGUGAUCACACAGAUCUACAUUUAUUCCUCUCAUAUAGGAUCUGAUACUUAACCACAGUCAGCAGAAGGGGCUUAGCGGCUCAGAUUAAAUUUGGAUUGUUUGAAAAGUGGGGAGAUACUUCACCGUAGUGCAAAAGAAGAUACAGAAAGAAGAGACCAGAAUGAGAGCUUCCCAAGUACCACAUGCCUGCAGCCUGCUAUCUUUAGCGAUGCUGUUCCUUCCGGUCACUGGAAUGUCAAAACAAAAUAUCCCAAGACUUAAGCUUUCCUAUAAAGACUUGCUGCUUUCAAACAGCUGCAUCCCAUUCCUGGGCUCAACAGAGGGGCUUGAUUUUCGAACCCUGCUGCUAGAUGAGGAGAGGGGCCGGCUGCUAAUCGGGGCUAAAGACCACAUCUUCCUGCUCAACUUGGUUGAUUUAAACAAAAAUGUGAAAAAGAUUUACUGGCCUGCAGCAAAAGAAAAGGUAGAAUUAUGCAAAUUAGCUGGGAAAGAUGCCCAUACAGAAUGUGCCAAUUUUAUCAGGGUUCUUCAGCCCUACAACCGAACCCAUGUUUAUGUCUGUGGCACAGGAGCGUUUCACCCUCUCUGUGGAUACAUUGAACUCGGAACUCACAAAGAGGAAACAUUAUUCCGGCUGGAUACUCAGAACUUGGAGUCUGGCAGGUUGAAAUGCCCUUUCGAUCCUCAGCAGCCGUUUGCUUCGGUGAUGGCAGAUGAGUAUCUUUAUGCUGGAACAGCUUCUGAUUUCCUUGGCAAAGACACGGCUCUAACACGUUCUCUGGGCCCUUCUCAUGACCACCAUUACAUCAGAACUGACAUUUCCGAACAUUACUGGCUUACUGGAGCGAAAUUCAUUGGAACUUUUCCCAUCCCGGACACCUAUAACCCAGAUGAUGACAAAAUCUACUUCUUUUUCCGAGAAAUAUCACAAGAUAGUGGCACAUCUGACAAGACAAUCCUUUCCCGAGUUGGGAGAGUUUGUAAGAAUGAUAUGGGAGGUCAAAGGAGCCUAAUAAACAAGUGGACUACUUUUCUGAAAGCCAGGCUUGUGUGUUCAAUACCUGGUCCUGAAGGAGCAGACACACAUUUUGAUGAGCUGCAAGAUAUAUUUUUACUUUCUACAAGAGAUGAGAGAAACCCACUUGUGUAUGGAGUCUUCACUACAACAAGCUCCGUCUUCAAGGGCUCUGCAGUUUGUGUGUACAGCAUGGCAGAUAUCAGAGCGGUUUUCAAUGGCCCUUAUGCUCACAAAGAGAGCGUGGAUCAUCGGUGGGUACAAUAUGAAGGUCGCAUCCCAUAUCCCAGACCUGGUACAUGUCCAAGCAAAACCUAUGAUCCACUCAUAAAGUCUACCAGAGACUUUCCUGAUGAAGUCAUUAGCUUUAUUAAACGCCAUCCACUGAUGUACAAAUCCAUUUACCCAGUGACGGGAGGACCAGUAUUCACUCAAAUCAAUGUGGACUAUCGUCUGACUCAGAUUGUGGUGGAUCACGUCAUGGCAGAGGAUGGGCAAUAUGAUGUUAUUUUCCUAGGAACAGACAUAGGCACAGUCCUGAAAGUUGUGAGUAUCACAAAGGAGAAGUGGAUUAAGGAGGAGGUGGUCUUGGAAGAGCUGCAGAUAUUCAAGCAUCCUUCAUUUAUCUCAACCAUGGAGAUUUCUCAGAAGCAGCAACAAUUGUACAUUGGUUCCAGGGAUGGAUUGGUUCAGCUCUCUCUGCACAGAUGUCACACGUAUGGGAAGGCUUGUGCAGAUUGCUGCCUUGCCAGAGACCCAUACUGUGCCUGGGAUGGAAACUCAUGUUCCAGAUAUACCCCUACUUCUAAAAGGCGAGCCAGAAGGCAAGAUGUCAAAUAUGGAGACCCUGUUGCACAGUGCUGGGAUGUGGAAGACAGCAUUAGUCAUGAAACUGCUGAUGAAAAGGUGAUUUUUGGCAUUGAAUUUAAUUCGACUUUUCUGGAAUGUAUUCCUAAGUCCCAGCAAGCCUCUAUUAGGUGGUAUAUUCAGCGCUCUGGAGAAGAACAUCGAGAAGAGCUGAAGGCUGACGAAAGGGUCAUCAAAACAGAGCAUGGGCUGCUGAUCCGCAGCUUGCAAAGAAGGGAUGCGGGAGCCUAUUUCUGCAAAGCCCAGGAGCACACUUUUGUCCAUACCAUUGUGAAACUGAAUUUGAACAUCAUUGAGAAUGGACAAAUGGAAAGCACUCAGAAAACUGAGGAUGAUGAGGGUCGGGUGAGAGAUUUGCUGACGGAGUCCCGGCUGAGGUACAAGGACUAUAUCCAGCUCGUCAGCAGCCCCAGCUUUAGCCUGGAUGAAUACUGUGAACAGAUGUGGCACCGGGAGAAGAGGCGGCAGCGGAACAAAGGUGGUGCCAAAUGGAAGCAUGUGCAGGAGAUGAAAAAAAAGCGAAACCGAAGGCACCAUGAGCCAGCCGGGCCACUAUCUACAUAGUUUGCAAAUGCUAUUUAAAGAAAGGACAUUUUCCAUGAAAAAAGAAAAAGAAAAUAAUACUGUGUUCUAGUUUUGUGCAACUUGCCUAUGAAUUAGUACUGCUUCUUAUUGAGAUCAGAUAACUCACCAUCACUAAUAAUCUGUAUGAGACUGUACAAGCGGAUUCCAUACCAAAUGAGAUGUUCCUUAUUGGAGUACCACACACCAGGCAAUAAUUUUAAAUGAAUUCAUUAAAAAGAAAACGUACACUUUUAGCUAAUUUCUGGGUAGCCUGAGGCUACGUGGGCUGUGUUCUGUGCUUCCUGCAUAAUUUUCACAUAGGAUUUGGUGUCCGUGUUCCCAUGUUAAUAUUUGCUGCCACAUUCCACCCCAGAGGUGGCUACAUUUCAGGGGAGGGCAGAUGUAUUUCUAGUUCUUUGGCAUCUUUCUGAAAAGAAGCAUGGUAGAAAUGUGUGACAGAUCUGCAAGAAUACCCGCUAAUUUACCCAUUGGGCUUGUAUACAGGCACGUGGGUGGGGUUUGCUAGCACAGACAGGCACAGCAAAAAAUCAAAUUAAAUAUUGGCUUAGCAACAGCAUUCAUUCUCCCUAUAAAAAAAAAAAAAAAAGAG